AUGGAGCUAAGCAUGUUGAUGAUUAUGGGUGUGGUUUCCACACUUGUGGUUUCAGUUUUCUUUGUGUUCCAGAUUUUGUUUUGGGCAACUCCAAAAGCCAUGGAGGACAUCCCUGGUAGAUUGGGUUGGCCAAUUGUAGGAGAAAGCUUCUCAUUUAUAUCUGAAUUUUCAAGUCCAUCUGGUAUUUUCAGCUUCAUGAACAAGAGGCAACAAAAGUAUGGGAAAGUAUUCAAGUCGUUUGUAUUAGGAAGGUUCACAGUUUUUAUGACGGGAAGAGAAGCAAGCAAAAUAUUAUUGAGUGGAAAAGAUGGAAUGGUGAGUUUGAACCUAUUCUACACAGGGCAGCAGGUGCUUGGCCCCACCAGCUUGCUCCAAACCACCGGAGAAGCUCACAAGCGUCUCCGCCGCCUUAUCGCCGAGCCCUUAUCCAUUGAUGGCCUCAAGAAGUACUUUCAGUUCAUCAACACUCUCACCAUUUCCACUUUGGACCAAUGGCAUGGAAGAACUGUUUUUGUUCUUGAUGAAGCUUCUACAUUCACAUUGCAAGUGAUUGGAUAUAUGAUAAUGAGCUUGGAGCCCUUUGGUGAAGAACAAGAGAAGUUCAGAGCCAAUUUCAAGCUCAUCUCUUCCUCUUUUGCUUCUUUGCCUUUUAAAAUCCCUGGAACUGCCUUUCACCGUGGCAUCAAGGCUAGGGAUAGGAUGUAUGCAAUGUUGGACUCAAUCAUUUCAAAGAGGAGAAAUGGAGAAGGAUUUCAAGAAGAUUUCUUGGAAUCUUUGCUUAUAAAACAUAGCAAAUUAGUAGAAGAUGAUAAUAAGCUCACUGAUAAACAACUCAAAGACAAUAUACUAACUCUUCUUGUUGCUGGCCAUGAUACCACAACUGCUGCUCUUACAUGGCUCGUCAAAUUCCUUGGACAAAAUCCUCUCGUUUUGGACCAGCUCAGAGAGGAACACUUACAAAUUCAAGCAAAGAGAGAGACUGGCACAAGUCUCACAUGGGCUGAAGUGAACAACAUGCCUUAUACCGCUAAAGUAAUUAGUGAAACUCUUCGAAGAGCCACAAUACUACCAUGGUAUUCAAGAAAAGCAGCUCAAGAUUUUGAAAUAGAUGGAUACAAAAUAAAGAAAGGUUGGUCAGUGAACUUGGAUGUUGUUUCAAUCCACCAUGACGAGAAAGUUUUUCCAAAUCCAGAAAAGUUUGAUCCUUCAAGAUUUGAUACACCAUUGAGACCCUAUAGCUUUCUUGGAUUUGGCAAUGGACCUCGUAUGUGUCCUGGAAUCAACCUGGCCAAACUUGAGAUCUCUAUAUUCAUCCACCACUUGGUUUGCAAAUACAAAUGGAAAGCUCUUGAUGAGGAUGACUCAGUCCAGCCAACACUUGUGAGAAUGCCAAGAAACAAGUACCCAAUUAUAGUUGAAACUCUUUGA